UUAAAACGAUCGGGAUGAAAAUUGUUGAAAAAUGUGAUGGUCUUCCUCUUGCAGUCAAGGUUAUUGCAGGGGUUCUAAGGUCGAUGGAUAGAAGCACCAUAGAAUGGAAUAAGGUUCUCGAAAGUGAUGCUUGGUCCAUGAGCCAACUUCAUGAAAAACUCCCAAGAGCUCUAUUUUUGAGUUAUGAAAAUUUACCAUCGGAUCUUAAACAGUGUUUUCUUUAUUGCUCGUUGUUUCCUGAGGACUAUAAAAUGCAUCGCAAGGAUCUCAUUCAUUAUUGGGUGGCCGAAGGUUUUGUAAAAGCAACACAGGGAGAUGCACUUAUGGAAGAUCUGGCAGAGGAUUACUAUAAGAAAUUAAUUUGGCGGAACCUUUUACAUGGUCAUGGUGAUAACACUUGGUGCACAAUGCACGAUCUGUUACGUUCCCUUGCUCUUUUUAUGAUUCGUGAUGAGAGCAUUUUUCUUGGCAACGAGCAAUCACCUAACACAAACCCGUUGAGUAAACUUCGUCGCUUGUCGAUGGUGAACGCGGGGGAGAUUUUGGAAGUUCCUGAUGUAAUAAAACAGCAAAAGUGCUUAAGAUCCCUUCUUGUUUGGAGUAGUUAUAAGACCAAGAUUGUCCAGAAUGAACUUUUUGAAAAUUUGAGAUAUCUGCGAGUCAUGAAGCGGAGCAACACGAGACUUGAGAGCCUUCCGGAUUCUGUAGGAGAUCUUUUGCACCUGAGAUAUCUAAAUCUAAAUUGGACGCAAAUCAAGGAGUUGCCAGAGUCCAUUGGGCGCCUUGUAAACUUGGAGAUACUAAACCUGUCAGAUUGUAAAUCCUUACAUACUCUCCCUAAGGCCAUCACAAAAUUGUACAAUCUAAGGUGCCUUCGUCUCCAAGGUACUCCAUUGAGUUAUGUACCAAAGGGAAUAGGUAAAUUACAACGUCUUAACCAUCUUGAAGGAUUUGUGGUCGGCCAUGAUGACAGAAGAGACACGCAAGAUGACGAGGGGUGCGGCCUGGAGGAGCUACAAUCUCUGUCUCAGCUGAUAUUCCUGUCGAUACGAAGGUUGGAGAGGGCACUACCAGGGGGAGCUCUGGUGCUCACGAACAGCCGCUCUCUGAGGACACUAAUUUUGGAAUGCAACAAACCUGGAUAUGCGGAAGAAGCAAUUGCAAUCCAGAGAAAUGACAAGACUUAUAAUGAGCUCUCUCCUCAAUCCACCCACCUACAGAAACUUGAGAUUCAUAACUUCAUUGGUACUGGAUUUUUCAGCUGGAUGAUGUCCUCUCCUUUAAGUGCCUCUUUUCCUAAUUUGACAUCCAUAACACUGGAUAAUUGUAUAUCAUUCCCGCAGCUUCCUCCACUAGGCCUGUUGCCCCAGCUGCAAUCACUUAUAAUUAAAGAUGCAGAUGCAAUCAAAACUAUCGGACCUGAAUUUCUUGGACCCCGUGCAUCGUCAGCAGCGACUUCAUUUCCCAAGCUUGAAGAGCUGCAAUUUUUUGGGAUGAAGAACUGGGAAGAAUGGUCGUUUGGUAUGGUGGAGGGGGUUGGUGAAGAAAGAAGAGGAGCCCCCAAGUUGCUGCCUUAUCUCAGCAAGUUGGGUCUUUGUGGAUGUCCCAAGCUGAGAUCUCUUCCUCCACUGGGCCUGUUGCCCCAGCUGAAAUCCCUUUGCAUUGAGACAGCAGAUGCAAUCAAAACUAUCGGACCUGAAUUUCUUGGCCCCCGUGCAUCGUCAGCAGCGACUUCAUUUCCCAAGCUUGAAGAGCUGGAAUUUUAUGGGAUGAAGAACUGGGAAGAAUGGUCGUUUGGUAUGGUGGAGGGGGUUGGUGAAGAAAGAAGAGGAGCCCCCAAGUUGCUGCCUCGUCUCAUGACAUUGACACUUGAUGGUUGCCCCAAGCUCAGAGCUCUUCCUCCACUGGGCCUGUUGCCUCAAUUGAAAUCCCUUUAUAUUAAUGAUGCAUAUGCAAUCAAAACCUUCUUGGCCCCCGUGCAUCGUCAGCAGCGACUUCAUUUCCCAAGCUUGAAGUGCUGAUAUUCGAAGAGAUGUCCAACUGGGAAGAA